UCCAGCAAGCCGCCAACAUGUCGAACUACAAUAAAUUGCUUGUUAUAUGUACGACGCUGCUUGUUUAUUUGGCUUACAUUGGCGCAAGUCAUCAUCACCAUUUGCAUCACUGCAGUGUGCAGUAUCGCUGCUCAGAUAUUAAGGAUACCGUUUGGGCCAUGGACCAUGAGCGUUGUCAUAUAUUCCACAAUGAAUGUUUGCUGAAGGUCGAACAGUGCGCACGUCAAAACGCUGGCAAGUCUGAACUUAUUGAAACAGAUGAGCAAAGCUGCAGGGAAAGCUGCCAGCUGCCUUGCUCCGAUGACUUUGAUCCUCUCUGCGCGCAGUUCUUCCAGGAGGCGUAUAUUACUUUCUCCAAUGAAUGCGAAAUGCGCAACUAUAUGUGCGAACACAAUAGACCUUAUUCGUUUUACGCCAUGGGAGAAUGUGUGGAGUAUCCAUCCGGAGAAUAAUUAUAUAUGAGUGUGAACUUGAAGCUUAAUAAUAAAUUAG